AUGUCUAACUUACCAGAUUUAGCUUCUUUGUCCAUUUCUUCAAAUGCAGAUUAUCCUCACCUAGAUUUCCCGGGUAAAGAACAACAAAAGGAAGCCGUUAUUGACAUUCUAGAUAAACAAGGUUUUAUUCCAGAAACUGUUAUUGAAGAGGAAGUAGAAUGGUUUUACACUAAUUUAGGUAUUGAUGACCAAUUUUUCAGUAAAGAAACUAAUGACACCAUUGCUAACUUGGUUUUAUCUUUAUAUUGCUCUAAAGUGGAUUCAAUUGUUAAGUCAAAAUUGUCUCCUUUAUCAUUCUCGCCAGUAUCCUCUUCUUCAACCAAUAAUACUAGUGCCUUAACGAUUACUAACAAAGUUGUUACUGAAAAUCAUGCUAUUUAUAUGGAUAGUAAUAUUCCAAGCAGGUAUGACGUAGAAAUUGAUGAUAAAUACUUAGACAACUCUACCUCUACAACAAGUUAUCGUUUACAAUCUUUCCAGAAGGUAAGCUCUGGUAUCAAAAUCACCUUUAUAUACGAAAAUGAUUUCCCAAAUAAUGAAAACAAAGACCAAAGCAUUGAGUCAAUCUCAGAUUCGAAUUUAUUAAACACCAUUUCCUUCCAAAAUAAAAAAUUAUAUCAGCUAAUUUUGAACAAAGUUGGUGAAAGAGAGGGGCCAGUUAUCCAAGCAUUACCCUCUGUUGCUAACCCUGAUGAAUUGAGAAUUGUUAUUGGUUACAAGAAGCACAGUGCCAAGCACUAUUAUAGCUCCUUAUGCAAACUAUUUUCGUAUUACAAUGUUAUUCCUAACAAAAUUUUCUUGGAAAGUUUUGCCAAUGACAUGAACAUUUUUUCUAUCUAUAUUUCUAAAAAGGACAACAAUGGCGUUGAGGGACAAAAUUUUGAAAUGAUUAUUAAUCAAAUUGUCAAAGAAUGUUCUCUAUUGUAUUGUAUUCCAACCACCUACUUUGAUCAAGUGUCUCAAUUUUCUCCUCAAGAGGCUAUCUAUGCCCAUAUUGGUUCUAUUUUCAUUAACCAUUUCAUUGAUAGAAUUGGUAAAUUUGAUGGUGAAUCUAAAUUGGAUUUGAAUUCUAUCAAUAAUGAUUUAUUGGAAAUCAUUAUUGCUUUGAAGAAAAAAUUAAGAACUCAAUCAUAUAGUCAAACUUUUAUCAUGGAAACUUUAGUCAAACACAAAGAUAUUGUUUGUAAACUAUUUAAAAACUUUGCCCUAAUUCAUUACAUAAGUUCCAAUUCUGUUACAGCUAGUACCGGUUUACAACACACUACAUUAUCCUACCAAAGGUUGGAAACUGUCGAACCAUUUGCUAACGAGGAAAGUUUUGAAAAUACCUUAUUAAAAGUUGUUCCAAGUGAUGAUUCUCCAGAUUAUUUGAUUUUGAAAACAUUAAACAUCUUUAAUAAGUCUAUUUUAAAGACAAACUUUUUCAUUACUAGGAAAGUUGCUAUUUCAUUUAGAUUGAUUCCAAAUUUUAUUUUGAACAAUGAUGAGUUUCCAGAUGUUCCCUAUGGUAUUUUCUUUGUUGUCGGUUCUACUUUUAAGGGAUUUCACAUUAGAUUCAGAGAUAUUGCACGUGGUGGUAUUAGAAUUGUCUGUUCUAAAAAUGAAGACGUCUAUGAGACUAAUUCUAAGAUGAUGAUUGAAGAAAAUUACAAUUUGGCUUCUACCCAACAAAAGAAAAACAAAGACAUCCCAGAAGGCGGUUCUAAAGGUGUUAUCUUAAUGAAUACUGGGUUAUUAAAUACGCAGGAUACCUUUAUUGCUUUUCAAAAAUAUGUUGAUUCUAUUAUCGAUAUUUUAAUUAAAGAUCCAUUGAAAGAGCAAUAUGUUGAUUUGUUAGGUGUCAAUGAAAUUUUAUUUUUUGGUCCAGAUGAAGGUACCGCUACAUUUGUUGAUUGGGCUACCACACAUGCUAGAAAGAGAAAUUGUCCAUGGUGGAAAUCUUUUUUAACUGGUAAAUCUCAAGAUUUGGGCGGUAUACCUCACGAUGUUUAUGGUAUGACUUCAUUAGGUGUCCGUGCGUUUGUUGAAAGUAUUUAUGAAAAAGAAGAUUUGCUUGACUCCAAAGUUUACAAGUUUCAAACUGGUGGUCCAGAUGGUGAUUUAGGCUCCAAUGAAAUUUUGUUAUCAUCCAAAAAUGAAGUAUAUGUAGCCAUUGUUGACGGAUCUGGUGUUAUCGUUGAUCCUCAAGGUUUAGAUAAGAAUGAGUUAGCUUCUUUAGCUGAAAAAAGAGUCACAUGUAGUCAUUAUGACUUGGCCAAAUUAAGCACCACUGGUUUUUUUGUAUCUGUUGAUGCCAUUGAUUUCAAAUUACCAAAUGGUGAAAUUGUUCCUAAUGGUACUACUUUUAGAAACAAAUUUCAUACUGAUGUUUUCAAAUAUGUUGAAAAGGUUGAUAUUUUUGUCCCAUGUGGCGGUAGACCAAGCAGUAUUAAUUUAUCGAAUUUACAUUGUUUCAUCGAUCCUAAGACCAACAAAGUGAGGAUUCCAUAUAUUGUUGAGGGUGCUAACUUGUUUAUUACCCAAGCGGCUAAGAUUGCCUUGGAGGAACAUGGCUGUGUUUUGUUUAAAGAUGCUACUGCUAAUAAAGGUGGUGUCACUUCUUCAUCUAUGGAAGUUUUGGCCUCAUUAGCUUUAAAUGAUGAUGAUUUUGUCAAGAUUUUUGUUGGUAAUGUUAAUGGUACCUAUGACAAAUACGUUAAGUUUGUUCAGCAAAAAAUUAAAGCCAAUGCUGAAGCUGAGUUCCAUCAAUUAUGGGAUACACAUGAAAAAAUUGGCACUCCUAUGGCUACUCUAUCCAACACGUUAUCUGCUUCCAUCAAUAAAUUAAAUGAUGAUUUGAUUAAUUCUAGUGAAUUAUGGUCGAAUGAUUUGAAAUUACGUAAUUACUUAUUAUUAGAAUGCGUUAUUCCAAAGAUCUUGGUUGAUAUUGCUGGCAAAGAUAAAAUUUUGAACAAUAUUCCAGAAGCUUAUUUGAAGGCUAUGUUAAGUGCUUAUUUAUCUAGUACAUUUGUUUAUAAGUAUGGUAUUAUUGAUAUUAAUAUGGGUCACUUUUUGGAAUUUAUUGGUGAUUUAAAUAGAAAAUCAGUUAGUGCUUGA